AUGAACAGGAAGCGACUAGUCGUUUCUUUGACCAAUCAAAUCUUCAUAUACGAUGUUUCUUGCAUGAAAUUGUUGCAUACAAUUGAUAGUUUGGGAGAGGACAGUACCAUAAUAGCCGAUCUUAGUGCUUCUGACAGCUCUAUAUUGGCGUAUUAUGAGAUCCCCAAUGACCUGACGAAUGCCAACAAGUCGAUUAUAUCCGAGUUCCAUCACGAGAAUAGUCCUUUUGGGACUGUAAAUAGGACGGGAACAGUGGUUCUAUUUGAUGCAUUCAAUAUCGUCUCAUUAAAUUCAUUUGAAUGUCAUAAAUCGCCGUUGCAGAGACUGACUUUGUCCAAGGACGGAACCCUUUUGGCAACAGCCUCCAUUAAGGGAACUAUAGUAAGGGUCUUCUUGGUAGAGACUGGUAGAAAGAUAUACGAGUUUCGAAGAGGUUCAUAUUCCGCUGAAAUAUCAUGUCUAAGUUUCAAUUCAGACAAUACCAUGUUGGCUUGUUCCAGUAAUACUGGAACAGUUCAUUUAUUCAAACUGGAUAACAGUAGCCCUUCUCAGUCAGUUCACAGGACUGUUUCCUCGAAAUCGCCGCCUCCUUCGUUUCCUUCGCUUCCUGAAGGAACUAUCAUGACAGAUGAAGAGAACUUGGAGAUAAAUAGGCUUAUCAGUAAUAAAUUUGGACAGCAGCAGCAAAAUUCGGCCAAUAAUUCAACGGCUCAUAGACUCUUCAAUAGAGGAAAGAAAUCCACAAAAUCAUUAAGCAAGUUUCUAUGGUCUCAGUCCAAAAACUAUCUUCCCACGCAGAUCAACUCGAUUCUGGAGCCCAAAAGAGACUUUGCAUACAUAAAAUUGAAUUCUGAUGUUGCGUCUGUUGUUGCUAUAGUGGGAUCCAAUUGUUAUAUAGCCACAUACACUGGGGACUUCUUCAUUUAUAAGAUUCCGUCUGUUUUUAAGCUUUCGCCUGCUUCCAAUGAUGUGAAAACCAACUACAAAUCCCCUUCUGGAGAAUGUGUUCUUCUCAAACAGUACAGAUUACUUAUCCCCUGA